CUGUCGAUCUCUCCUCAUUCCCCGUAGAGAUUGAUUUCUCUCGCUGUUGUUGGGUUCUCAGAGAGAGAGAGAGAGAGAGAGCGCUGUUUUUGGGUUUUCUGGGAGAGAGAUUUUUGGGUUUUCUAAGAGAGAGAGAUCGCUGUUGUUGGGUUUUGUUCGAUCAUCAUCAACAUGUCGCUACUUACAGAUCUCAUCAACUUAAAUCUCUCUGAUUCCACUGAUAAGAUCAUCGCAGAAUACAUAUGGAUUGGCGGGUCUGGUAUGGAUCUCAGAAGCAAAGCAAGGACACUUACAGGACCAGUUACUGACCCUCGUAAGCUUCCGAAGUGGAACUAUGAUGGCUCCAGUACUGGCCAAGCGCCUGGAGAAGACAGUGAAGUGAUUAUUUAUCCUCAGGCAAUUUUCAAAGACCCAUUUAGGAGAGGCAACAACAUUCUUGUGAUGUGUGACACUUACACACCAGCUGGAGAUCCAAUCCCAACGAACAAGAGAUACAAUGCCGCUAAGAUCUUCAGCCAUCCUGAAGUUGUUGCUGAAGUACCUUGGUAUGGGAUAGAGCAGGAGUACACCCUUUUGCAGAAAGACUUGAAAUGGCCACUUGGCUGGCCCGUGGGAGGUUUCCCAGGUCCUCAGGGUCCAUACUACUGUGGUAUUGGUGCCGACAAGGCAUUUGGGCGCGACGUCGUUGAUGCCCAUUAUAAGGCCUGCCUUUAUGCAGGCAUCAACAUCAGCGGAAUCAAUGGGGAAGUCAUGCCCGGCCAGUGGGAAUAUCAAGUCGGCCCUGCUGAGGGUAUCUCUGCAGGUGAUGAGUUGUGGGUUUCUCGCUACAUUUUGGAGAGGAUUACAGAGAUCGCCGGUGUUGUUGUCUCCUUCGACCCCAAGCCUAUUCAGGGAGACUGGAAUGGAGCUGGGGCUCACACAAACUACAGCACGAAGUCAAUGAGAAACGAUGGAGGGUAUGAAAUUAUUAAGAAGGCCAUCUCAAAGCUUGAGCUUAGGCACAAAGAACAUAUUGCUGCCUAUGGCGAAGGGAACGAGCGACGCCUCACCGGCCGACAUGAGACGGCCGACAUCCAUACCUUCUUAUGGGGAGUUGCAAAUCGUGGGGCCUCCAUUCGAGUCGGGCGAGACACAGAGAAAGCUGGCAAAGGCUACUUCGAGGACAGGAGGCCUGCUUCGAACAUGGACCCAUAUAUCGUCACCUCCAUGAUUGCCGAAACGACCAUCCUGGUGAAGUAAAACUAAGUGCGGGCCCGCCACAUUAUCUUCUUCAGAUCUUCAUGGGUCCUUGAUCCUUCAUUGUAUUUCGAUUGUUGCUUGUGUUUGAAACUCAUGCAUUGCAAUUCUCUUGCGUUAGUGGUUAGUGGGUUUGUGAGGCAAUAGUGUCUGAUUUUCCCUUUCUCAGUAAGAAAAAAAGAAAAGAAAAAGACAUUAAUAAUGAUAAUAACAUGAAAGGCCUAUUUUUCCUGCUGUUUA